AUGGCGCAUCAGAGAACCAAGCUUAUUUUCCUGUUGCUGGUGUUGUGCGCUCUCUGCUAUACGUUCGCCGCCAUUGCAGGGAAGAGCUAUUAUGAGAUACUCCAAGUCCCCAAGGGAGCCUCCGACGAGCAGAUCAAGAGGGCUUACCGAAAGCUCGCCCUCAAGUACCAUCCUGAUAAGAACCAAGGCAAUGAAGAGGCUAAUAAAAAAUUCGCCGACAUCAACAAUGCCUACGAGGUGCUUUCGGACAGCGAGAAGAGGGGCAUAUACGAUAGGUAUGGAGAAGAGGGGCUGAAACAGCAUGCCGCUAGUGGAGGCAGAGGUGGCGGUGGUGGAAUGGGAAUGAACAUCAAUGACAUCUUUGCCGAUUUUUUUGGUGGGCGCUCCAUGGAAGACGAAGAGAAAAUCGUCAAGGGUGAUGAUGUAGUUGUAGAAUUGGAUGCAACAUUGGAAGACCUCUAUCUGGGAGGCUCAUUGAAGGUUUGGAGGGAGAAGAACAUUCUAAAGCCAGCACCAGGCAAGAGACGUUGUAAUUGUAGAAAUGAGGUCUAUCACAGGCAAAUCGGUCCAGGGAUGUUCCAACAGAUGACAGAAGAGGUCUGUGAACAAUGUGCCAAUGUCAAAUAUGAAAGGGAGGGAUAUUUCAUCACUGUUGAUAUUGAGAAAGGGAUGCAAGAUGGGCAAGAGGUGGUUUUCUAUGAAGAUGGUGAGCCCAUAAUUGAUGGAGAAGCUGGAGACUUAAAAUUCCGUAUCCACACAGCACCUCAUGACCGAUUCAGAAGGGAAGGCAAUGACUUACACACAACCAUCACUAUCACACUGGUUCAAGCUCUUGUGGGCUUUGAGAAGGCCAUCAAGCACCUUGAUGAUCAUUUGGUUCACAUCGGCUCAAAGGGAAUUACAAGGCCCAAGGAAGUGAGAAAAUUCAAAGGGGAAGGGAUGCCUUUGCAUUUCAGCAACAAGAAAGGAGAUCUGUACGUAACAUUUGAGGUUCUAUUCCCCACGUCACUAACAGAGGAGCAGAAGACAAAGAUCAAGGCUGUUCUUGGUUAG